AAAAGUCUUUCCCACCGUCUUCGGCGAGAAAAGCCGAGAUGAAGACGACGACCUCGCUGCUGCUCUUCCUGUGUGUGAGCGCCGUCGUUCCUGAGGACAACCUGGACUACGACGACUACGACGUGGAUACAAAGAACUCGUCGAAGACCAACACAACAACUCAAACCGGGCCGGGCGCCCGCGGCCAUCGCCCAUUGACCCGAGGCCGGGACUCCUACAGACCCAACAACUAUUCUCCGCCACCUAUUAGUGGCGGCGGCAGGUACCAUGGACGCCCCACCACCGAACCUCCCAAAGGACACCAAGUGGAAGAGAAGAAGUCACACCCGGAGACGGGAGGAUGCACGUACGGCUUUGAGGAAUUAGGCGUGCUGUGUCCAAACGGCUGCGAGCUGAAGACGGCGUUGGUCAAGCAAGAGAGGAGCGUCAUGGUGAGCAUAAACGAGAUGAAGCCUCAAGUGGACCAGCUGUUGCACUCGUCCAACGCUAUCUACAACUACGCCACCGCCAUGUCUACCUCGUUGAGGGAACGCCAACGAAUCAUCACAGGCAACGAGCGGGUUGUGAAUGAUUUCUCAGGCCGGGUGGAGGAGCAGCACGCCUUUAUCAAGGAGACCGUGGACACGAUCUUCCCCUCCUCCAUUCGAGUGCUGCAGGGCGUCGUGGACAAGAUCCGCCAGAAGAUCCAGAAGCUGGAGAAGGCCAUCCAGACCCAGAGGGAGGAGUGCAAGGAGCCGUGCCAGACCACCUGUCCCAUCCCUGUGGUGACUGGAAAGGAGUGUGAGGACAUAUACCGCCGUGGAGGAAAAGACUCGCAGAUGUACCUGAUCCAACCCGACGACUUCUUCCCGCCGUACAAGGUCUUCUGUGACCAGACCACCCAGAACGGAGGUUGGCUCCUCAUCCAGAACAGACUGGACGGCAGUGUGGACUUCGGCCGACGUUGGGACGAGUACCGACGCGGCUUCGGGAACAUUGCGCUCGACGUUGGCAAGGGUCACUGCAACACCCCAGGUGAAUACUGGCUGGGCAACGAGCACAUCAGUCAGCUGACCAAGAUGGGCCCCACCGAGCUUCUUGUGGAGAUGGAGGACUGGACAGGGGCCAAGGUCCACGCUCAGUACCACCAGUUCACCAUGCAGUCCGAGUCGUCUAACUACGUGCUAGCAGUGGACUCGUACUCCGGCAACGCUGGGAAUUGUCUCAUGGAUGGGGCGCAGGCGUUGACGGGGGAAAACCGCACCAUGACCCGGCACAACGGCGCUAUGUUCAGCACGUACGACCGAGACAACGAUAACUGGAACCCUGGCGACCCCUCCAAGCAGUGCUCCAAAGAAGACGGAGGCGGCUGGUGGUACAACCGCUGCCACUCGGCUAAUCCCAACGGACGAUACUACAUAGGCGGAGCAUACACCCGCCAGAUGGCCAAACACGGCACGGACGACGGUGUGGUGUGGAUGAACUGGAUGGGCAGCUGGUACUCGCUCAAAACCAUCAGCAUGAAGAUCCGCCCUUACUUUGCCCCGUCGUGACCACACUGGUCACGGACCCAGACGACAGUGUGAACGCGGGACAUGAAAGAAAAAUAAAAACCACGUCGACUUGUCAA